AGCCCAACGUGGGGCUCGAACUCACAGACCACAAGAUCAUGACCUGAGCCAAACUCGAACAUUUAACCCACUGGGCCAUCUAGGUGCCCCAAAGAUAUGAAUCUCUUAAGGGGGUGGACCCCAAGUUCCUGAGGAACAUGUGCUUUGCCAGAAAGCACAACAAGAAGGGCUAAAGGAGAUGGAGGCCAGUAAUGCGAAGGCCAUGGCUGUAUGUGCUGAGGCUAUCAAUGCCCUUGACAAGUCCGUGAUCCCAAAGGUUGGCAGCCACAAGCUCAAUCAACUUGCUUACAUCACUCACCCCAUGCUCUGGAAAUGUGCUCAUGCCCGUAAUGCCAAGGGUCUCAGGCUCUGCCAACCAAAGGCCAAGGCCAAGGUUCAAACCAAGGCCCAGGUUGUGGCUCUGGCCCCAGAUGUGGCUGGAGGUGCCGGGUCCCUGAUAAAGGCUCCAAUAUGGAGGCUUCUGUCUGCCAAUGUGAGGACAGAAGGACUGGUGUUAUCCUGGGCUUCUAUCUGCAGGGGCUGGUAUCUUUCUGUGCUAGUUGCACAAAUAAACCUGAGGCAGGAUCUGUUGAAAAAGAAAAAGAAAAGAAAAUUCUUAGAGAAUUGGAAAUGAAACAGACCAUCAUCUAUGCCCCUGUCUUUGAAGGCCCUAAUCAGGCCCACAUGCAUUGCAGGAAUGAAAACUAAGAUUCUCUAGUCUGCUCCAGCACCCAGUAUGGGAUGCUGAUGUCCGUGCUGAGCCCAGUUGUGGGACAGACGUUUAUGAUGUUGGCUGAUUCAUUGCUGAUCUGAAGGGGACUGACAAAUGCCAGGAAUGAGGAUGGGCUGUGGAAAAGACCCGAAACAGAGAGGGAGCUGGAAGAGCCAAAAGGCAGUAAAGGAUCCUAUGAAAGUAACCUGAAUGAAAUGUGGUUUGACCUCACUGCUGCGGGGAUCCCAUCUGAACAGAUAGACCAACAACCCAAUGCUGUGUUGGUUGUCGUAUGGGAAGCCUUAAAGCCUGAACAAUUCAGACCUGCCCCAUCUGCCUCUACCAUCCCUGAUGCCCCACCUGCUCCAACAGAGGCCUUAAGAAUACAGUCUUAUUUACGGUGGGUGCCUCCCAAUGCCCUGGGCAUAGGAUGCAAGCCAAGAUUACCUCCAGGUGAGGGUCAGUAGAGGUGACCAGAAGCCUCGUAUAGAGCUCACUAUUCACUGGUCCUCCAGAAAUAAACAAAGGGUAAACUCUGGUAGACCCUGGAGCUGAAUGUACUCUAAUACAUGGUAACCAUCAGAAGUUUCCUGGCCCCUCACGCCAUUGAUAAUUAAGGAGGGCAAAGAGUUAUGGUCAGAAAGGUCUUUUUGACACUGCAAUUGGGUGUUCUCCACCCCUGCCCAAGAACAUGAGAUUUUUACCUCCCCAAUACCAGAGAACAUAUUGGGCAUUCAUACCCUCCAAAGUCAAUCUGCAAACCUGUAUUGCUGAAUUCCUCCUGUAGUUACAGUAAUCAAAUAAGUGCUGACAGGAAAUGCCAGCUGGGAACUGGUAAGCCUGCCACCCCCAUAAGG